AUAAUUGAAUAAAAAACUGUAACAUGUGAUGCGUAUGGUUGAGAAAUCUUUGCUUGACUCACAAAAACUUCAUUUAAAGAUUGCCAAAGAGGGAAAAAGAAAACAAAUGGUUACUCAGUAGUAGUGCUAUAUAUAACACGCCACCAUGCACACACGAUUUAGGAUAAAGGCAUUAAAAGCUGAAGCAAAUUCUUCUUUCUGGUAUGGCUGCCACUACUAGAGAUGCUUUGGGUGAUGAAGAAACCCAAUUCUCCUCUAUACCAAAGCAAGUGUGCCUUCUUUUCCCAAUUCCUAAGAUAGAUGAAGAAAACAAGAAGAAAGCUCCUCUUACACUGUCGCAAAGGCUGGGCUUGCCUGACUUCGUUUCUCCGGAUGUAUGGCGAGCAUCGGUGGGAGAGCUUCUGGGCACGGCAGUUCUAGUUUUCAUGUUGGACAACAUAGUUAUUUCUACCCUCGAAAGUGAUGUUAAAAUGCCAAAUUUAAUCAUGUCAAUUCUCGCUGCAAUUACGAUCACCAUUCUACUCCUUGCCGUGUUCCCGGUGUCUGGCGGCCACCUCAAUCCGGUCAUUUCCUGCUCCGCCACCCUUGUCGGAAUUAUCUCCAUGUCAAGAGCCAUAAUUUACAUUGUGGCACAGUGUAUCGGCGCUGCUUUAGGUGCACUAGCGCUCAAAGCAGUGGUCAGCAGUAGUAUUGAACAAACUUUCUCACUUGGUGGUUGCACUCUCACGGUAAUAUUACCAGGCCCAAAUGGCCCAAUUACUGUGGGCCUAGAGACGGCCCAAGCCUUUUGGCUAGAGAUCUUUUGCACAUUUGUAUUUUUAUUUGCUUCAGUUUGGAUGGCCUAUGAUCAUCGUCAAGCCAAGUCACUAGGGCUUGUCACUGUCAUGUCCAUCGUUGGGCUCGUAUUAGGCCUACUUGUGUUCAUCUCGACCACCGUCACUGGAAAAAAGGGGUACGCCGGAGCUGGGAUGAAUCCAGCGAGGUGUUUUGGAGCAGCUCUUGUUAGAGGAGGCCAUCUCUGGAAUGGACAUUGGAUAUUUUGGGUUGGGCCUGCAAUUGCUUGUUGGGCCUUCUAUUUGUACACUAAGAUCAUCCCACCACAGCAUUUCCAUGCAGAUGGUUACAAACAUGAUUUCGUUGGCGUUAUCAAGGCUUUGUUUGGAUCAGACGCUUGAUGUUCAUAUUUAUGAGAAAUAGAUGUAUUCUUGCUCGAAAGUGCUCAAUAUUGCUUAUGAUUAUAAAAUUGUGUAAAGAAACAAAGUAGUAAGUUGAAAAAACAAGAGGAAGAUAUAUAAGUUGAUCAGAUGUUUUGUGAUUCUUGCUUCUUCAUUUAGUUUGAGGUGUGACAUAUAUUUGUCACAAUAUGUAUUAACUUUCUCAGAAUACUCAGAUACUUUGUUGUUA